GGGACGGGGCCGGCGGAGGCAGAGGCGGCACCGAAAAGCUCCGCGGUUCUGCGCGACUACCCCCUGCCCCGGCCAUGGGGAAGGGGCUGGAGGGGACGGCGGCCCGCUGCGGGCUGGGACUGGGAUACCUGCUGCAGACCGUGGUGCUCCCCGCCCUGGCUGUCCUGGGUGCCAGUCGCCCCGGCUCCGCGGCGCAAGACGAUGAUUUUUUUCAUGAACUUCCAGAAACUUUCCCGUCUGAUCCUCCAGAGCCAUUGCCCCACUUCCUCAUUGAACCCGAAGAGGCUUACAUUGUGAAGAACAAGCCCGUGAAUCUGUACUGCAAAGCGAGCCCAGCCACGCAGAUCUAUUUUAAAUGCAACAGCGAAUGGGUUCAUCAGAAGGACCAUGUGGUGGAUGAAAGAGUAGAUGAAACCUCUGGUCUGAUUGUCCGAGAGGUAAGCAUUGAGAUUUCCCGCCAGCAAGUCGAGGAACUCUUCGGGCCUGAAGAUUACUGGUGCCAGUGUGUUGCCUGGAGCAGUGCAGGCACCACCAAGAGCCGGAAAGCCUACGUCCGCAUUGCUUAUCUCCGGAAAACUUUUGAGCAGGAGCCCUUGGGGAAAGAAGUGUCCCUGGAGCAAGAGGUCCUGCUCCAGUGCCGUCCCCCUGAAGGCAUCCCAGUAGCCGAGGUGGAGUGGCUGAAGAAUGAAGAGGUGAUUGAUCCUGUGGAAGACAGAAAUUUUUACAUCACCAUCGAUCACAACCUGAUCAUCAAGCAAGCCCGGCUUUCUGACACAGCUAAUUACACUUGUGUAGCCAAAAACAUUGUGGCCAAAAGGAAAAGCACAACAGCAACUGUGAUUGUCUAUGUGAAUGGAGGCUGGUCUACCUGGACGGAGUGGUCAGUGUGUAACAGCCGAUGUGGGAGAGGGUUUCAGAAGCGUACGAGGACCUGCACCAAUCCUGCCCCACUGAAUGGUGGUGCCUUCUGUGAGGGCCAGAGUGUCCAGAAAAUAGCUUGCACCACUCUGUGUCCAGUGGAUGGCAAGUGGACAUCCUGGAGCAAGUGGUCCACCUGUGGCACGGAGUGCACCCACUGGCGCCGGAGGGAGUGCACAGCCCCGGCGCCAAAGAACGGGGGAAAGGACUGCGAGGGGCUGGUGCUGCAGUCCAAGAACUGCACCGACGGGCUCUGCAUGCAGGCUGCUCCUGACUCGGAUGAUGUUGCUCUCUACGUUGGGAUCGUCAUUGCUGUGAUCGUGUGCUUGGCUAUUUCCAUUGUUGUGGCCCUGUUUGUCUAUCGCAAGAACCACCGUGACUUUGAGUCAGAUAUUAUCGACUCCUCGGCACUAAAUGGGGGAUUUCAGCCUGUUAACAUCAAGGCUGCAAGGCAAGAUCUCCUGGCGGUGCCACCAGACCUUACUUCAGCUGCAGCCAUGUACAGGGGUCCUGUUUAUGCCUUGCAUGAUGUUUCUGAUAAAAUCCCAAUGACCAAUUCUCCGAUUCUGGACCCACUGCCCAACCUGAAGAUCAAGGUUUAUAACACUUCUGGUGCAGUCACUCCCCAGGAUGACCUCUCUGACUUCUCCUCCAAGCUGUCCCCACAGAUUACACAGUCCCUGCUGGAGAAUGAGACCCUGAAUAUGAAGAACCAGAGCCUUGCUCGCCAAACAGACCCAUUGUGCACUGCAUUUGGGACCUUCAACUCUUUAGGAGGUCACCUAGUAAUUCCCAAUUCAGGAGUAAGCUUGCUGAUCCCAGCGGGAGCUGUUCCACAAGGGAGAGUCUAUGAAAUGUACCUGACAGUUCACAGGAAGGAGAACAUGAGGCCACCUGUAGAAGACAGCCAAACCCUGCUGACACCAGUGGUGAGCUGUGGCCCACCAGGAGCACUGCUGACUCGGCCCGUCAUUUUAACCAUGCACCACUGUGCAGAACCAAACACCGAGGACUGGCAGAUCCAGCUGAAGCACCAGGCUGCCCAUGGGCUGUGGGAGGAUGUGGUGGUGGUUGGGGAGGAAAACUUCACCACUCCAUGCUAUAUCCAGCUGGACCCAGAGGCCUGCCAUAUCCUUACAGAAACCCUCAGCACGUAUGCCUUGGUGGGACAGUCAAUCACCAAAGCAGCAGCCAAACGUCUCAAACUGGCCAUAUUUGGACCACUGUCCUGCUCUUCACUGGAAUACAGCAUCCGAGUCUACUGCCUCGAUGACACACAGGAUGCCCUUAAGGAGGUCCUUCAGCUCGAGCGGCAGAUGGGCGGGCAGCUUUUGGAGGAACCCAAAGCUUUACAUUUUAAGGGAAGCACCCACAACCUCCGCCUGUCCAUUCAUGACAUUGCCCACUCUCUCUGGAAGAGCAAACUGCUGGCUAAAUACCAGGAAAUUCCCUUUUACCACGUCUGGAGUGGAUGCCAGAGGAACCUGCACUGCACCUUCACAAUGGAGAGGUUCAGCCUGAAUACCCUGGAGCUGGUAUGCAAACUCUGCGUGCGGCAGGUUGAAGGAGAAGGGCAGAUCUUCCAGCUCAACUGCUCCGUCUCAGAGGAACCGACUGGCAUUGAUUAUCCUCCUAUGGACUCAGCAGGCACCAUCACCGCCAUAGUAGGGCCCAGUGCUUUCAGCAUCCCCCUCCCAAUAAGGCAGAAGCUGUGCAGCAGCCUGGAUGCGCCCCAGACCAGGGGCCAUGACUGGCGGAUGCUGGCCCACAAGUUGAAACUGGACAGGUACCUAAAUUAUUUUGCUACAAAAUCGAGUCCCACUGGGGUGAUCCUGGAUCUCUGGGAAGCCCAGAAUUUCCCUGAUGGCAACCUGAGCAUGCUGGCAGCAGUUCUUGAAGAAAUGGGAAGACAUGAGACCGUUGUUUCUUUGGCAGCAGAAGGAAAUUACUGAUGCAGCCUGGGCAUGAACAGGAAGGACAGACGCAGGGAGCAGUAAUGCCCUGUUAUUACAAACGAGAAUUGAAAUGAAAACCCAGACCAAUGAGUUACACAAGAAACAUUUCAGAGAAGCAAGCAAGCAUACAAAAAGAAACCAACCCUGACCUUCUCAUGUGCUCUCCUUGUACAUUGUCACAGGAUCUAAAAGAAACCAUGCAAAGUUGUACCUUGAAAAUAUAAAUCAACCUAAUGUUCCUUUUGGCUUGGCUGUACACUGCUUGGUACAGGAUUUUACAGUUUCCUAGGAAACGCUUUUUAUUGCUAUCCAGAUAUAUGGAUAAACUUUCUUAACAAUCCCAAUUUCUAUGGAUGUUGUUUACAUCAGAUUCUGGACAGGGGUAAGGAGACUGUCCAUGGCUCUUUAUAUUUUUUUGUUUAAAGCCAUUCUAGACAAGGCUAUGGACAGUUGGUUGUGGCUAUUUCAGCUUAUUGGUUUCUGGUGAAUUCAGAUUUUGGCUACAAUUCUGCACAUCAGUUGUCCCACAGGGAUCCUCCUGUCAUUGUUCUGUUUCCUAGACCUACUUGUAAAAAAAAAGAAUCAAGAAAAUCAGAGUUUAAGAGGUGUGCAUCUGGAAAGCAGGUACUCUGGGUGCUAAGCAGGAACACGCGUAAUGUCCCCUUCCUUCCCUGUUGAGUCUCACUGAGCCCACGUGAAGAAGAGCAGUAGGACAGCGGGAAAUGUAGAAUCAGAGUUAAUUCUAAAUUCACAGUGUAACAACACCCUUCCCAUCCCUUUGCAAUAUGAGGGGGCUGGAUAUGCAAGUCAGAGUGGUUAGGGGGGAAAAAAAGAAACCCAGAAAAAAAAAAGAAAAAAAAAAGUUGCUAUGAUAAUUAUUUACUAAUUAGUAUCUAGUGCAAGGAUUAUAACGAUGAUGAUGAUGAUGAUUACCAUUAUUCCUUUAUUUCUAAUUUUGUCAGAAGCAGAAUGAAUCAUUCCUAUUUUUUUGGAGCCUGUUGUCCCAUUCCUGAAAGUCUUUUAAGACAUGUCCCUCUCUGUGUUUUUUGUCCUUCCCUUCUCUAGCCAUUGUAUUCCUUCUCCAAAGCCCUCUGCUAGCCCACACAGGUUACUCACCUUGUCUUAUCAUUGCUGUGCUUCGUGCCCAGUGCAUGGUGGCAUACACUGGUGAUGCUCCGCUGAAUCAUAGAAUCGUAGAAUGAAGUCACUGAUCCAAUCCAGCAGUCUUCCCGGGCACAUUUUGCACCACCUUGGUACCCUAAGUUGCUGUGAACCAGUGACAGCAUCUCAGUCCAAAUACAUGUAGACCACUGGUUCGGGAGCACAGGUGCAAGCAUGUGGAGUCACUGAUGUUGACCACCUGAUUUGUGCAUCCAAGGUGGGCCUCCAUAUGUCUUCUUUUGCUUUGAAGUGGUCUGAAAGCCAACAAUUCCUGUUAGCUUCUCAUGGAGCUGCAGGUACUCACUGAAACCAACUUCCGUAACAUUUGCAGUGGUCAGGGCUACUGGGAAUCCUCUGCUGGGUCAUUUCUGGAUGAGAUGCAGUGGGAAGAUCUCCACAGAUAUUCCCAGACUUGCUGCAGCCACAGAAGCCUCUGACAUGUGAGCCAACUUAGGGUGAAGGUGUGGUGAAGUUGAAAUCCCCUGUACUGGAGUUUGCUGUCUGUGCUGUGCUUCCUCCACUGCUGCUGCCUGGCAAGGUGUUGCAGGUCAUGUCUGGCUGACCAGGGGACUUUUGUCCCUCUCAGCCAUGGCCCUCUUGGCCACCACAAACAGGUGAAAGGGAACUUGGCAAAAGGAGCAAACUCUUGCUUUUUCUGUUGUCACUGCAAAUGUAUUUUAUUUUCUGCUCUUUUGGGACAUGCUGGUGCAUAGGAUCACAGUAGUUUUACUACCAAGAUUGUCUGUCCUCUACUUCUGGUGCAAAAAAGGCUUUCUUCCCCAGCCUGUCUGCACCAGGUUUCCAGAAAGGCCCUGGUUAUUGCUCUCUGCCCAUGCACUUACUGCCACUUUGUGUGCUUUGCAAAAUGGGAACUGGCUUGUUUUCUUUUGUGCUUGUAGUUUUGUUGUUUUUUUCCCCAAGGCUUUCCAGAUUGCACCUUCAAAGGUAAAGCUGAAAAUGUCAUUGGUCGAAAUGAAAUGAAAAUUUCAUCUGACCUUUUUCCCAUCUGACAUUUCCAAAGACUUGGGCUUUUUUUUUGUUUUUAAUUUCUCAGCUCGCUGACACCAGUGGGGUUUUGAUUGACUGCUGGGCAGUGAUCACAAAGUUCUCCCUUCUUCGUAAGAGGUAACUCAGCAGUUUGCCAACCGGCUUUUCAGUCAAAACUGGAGACUGCGGCACAUACAUACAUUUUAACUUGAAACAAUUGUCUGCAUUUUGCCUGUGUAAGCCCCACCCACCUUCUCUUAGUGAGGAGAUGCCAAGAGCACCUAUUCAACAGCCAAACAUCUUCUUUUUCACCUGGGCCAUCUGAUGCAGCCCAUUGCAGUGCUAAUGGAAAUCUUGCUUUCAACUUCAGGAGGCUUCAACUAGAGCUUCCAGCUCUGCCCUUUCCCUAAGCUUUUUACUCACCUUGGACCUCUAAAAUGGCUCUUAAAAGACAGGUCUUCUUCCUCCUGUGCCAUCUUCAGAUGUAGCCAGUUGUAUUUUGUGCUUCUCUACACUUCCUGUGCAUCCUUCUUGUGUGACUCCUCUUCCAAGGUGGGUGCAUAAGCUUAAUUGUCCUUUGGCCUUUCCCCUUUUCAGCUCCAUCUUUACUAGGUGAUGCCCAGGCUUACUGGUACUUCUGGCUCUCAGCUCUUGCUAAGUGGGCAGCAUAUGCACCCUGCUCACCAGGGCCUUGCCAGAAAGGGGCUUGUAGUUAUCUGUAUUGCUAAGAGUCAGUGUUCCUUUUGCCAGCACUCUGACCUAUCCCCUAAUGCCUCCUUCAAGGAAAACAGAUGAGUGACUUUCUUAAAGCAUUCUGGGGCUUUUUUCUUAUACAGUGUCACAGUAAAAGGGAUUUAUUGAGAGGAAAAGGCAUGCUCUGUUUAAGAGUAACAUCCAUAGAGGUGGAUAGAGGUCAAGAACAUCACUGCCGGCUAGAGCAGCAGAAUCUACAGUGCUCCGCAGAGGUGGAGGUGCUCUUCUUCCAUCCUGACUGCUCAGAAACCUUCCUUCACCUGCUUCAAGCAUGGGCUGGACAGUCUCUCCAGCCCCUGCUCCAUCAGCCUUUGCAGGGUCCCAGCAAAGCACGGUGUCAGCUGCCUCAUCCCUGACAGGGCAGGGAGUAGGGCCUGCCAGUGAUGGACGAAGUUUCCUCCACAGAGCCACACCUUGUCCCAACAACUCCGCACUGCUGCUUUGCCACCCCUGUCAACAGCAGCUCCCACCUCACCUGACAUCCCCCUGCAUUGAUUUUGCUCAGCCUUUUUCUCUUUUUUUCUGGGGAUACAGUGCUGGCAGUGUGUGGCCAGGGAGAGGGCGCUGGCAUGGGCUAGUGGUACACCCCCCCUCAGCAUCCCCAUCCUGCUGCUCCAAGGAGGGAGACUGGGAAGCAAUGGCAGCCAGAUCCUCUUAGGAUAUAAUUUUUGGUGGGUGAAAAACCACCAGCGGGCCCUCCUCCUGGAUGAUGUGGACACAGUGCCAUCUCGUGGGGCUCAGCCCCGGCUUCAACAUGCCGCUGCUGUGGAGAGCAGCAGCGCUCAGGAAAAGGCUUUCCAGUGGGGCAGCACUUGGAAGUGACAAAUAAGUUUGGCAGACAGUACCAACUCUUAAAAGUCAUUGUAACGUUUUAUGUCAGGUAAGCACAUCUGCUUUAUUAUUUAAAAAAAAAAAAACAAAAAAACGAAAAAAAGAAAAAAAAAGGCUGCAGGCUUCUUAUCCUCCAGUUAUUACUACUUUUUAAAAUGCAUAUCCUUUUAGUUGUCCACCUUAGGCUAUGUGCUGUAGCACUUUUACUGCUCUUCACACCAUCUCUUCAUUACAUGUUUGCUAGCACUAUAAAUAAUAGAUAAUAUAAAUAUAUAUAAAAAAUAUCUACUGAUUUCAAGGAAAACCUUUUAAUUUCUGAGUAAGAAACACUAUUGGAGGCACUUCUUUUCACCUGAUUUUUUUUCUUCUAUUCUUCUUGUGUUGUGUUCUUGUAAAGGUGGCUGUCAGUGUAUAGGGUAAGUCUGGGGUUUGUGGGUUUUUUUCCCAAAAUUUUCUGAUCACAGCUAAUCCACUGUAUCUUGCUAAGCAGUGCAAGACCUAAGUGCUGUUUUACUGAAUCAACAUUUUUGAGGGAGUGAGGGUCUCUUCAGUCAAGGUUUUCUUCUAUAGGAAACUGAGGCGCUUUUUUUUUUUUUUUUUCAUAUCACUGGCAGAAAAGCAGACAUUCGUGAGCCAUGUUAGGGUCUGCAAUGCCCACAGAGCAAAACAUGUCCGUUCCUCGGGUUUCUUGCUAUUUCUGUUGCUUACAUAUAGAAUAAAUGUAUUUACAUGCUGUAAACCCGUCAUUGUGGACAGUGUCCUAAUGUCUUGUAUUGCUACCUACAGUAGUUUCUUUUGGUUCGCCUCUUCUUCUUGUUUUGGGGUGUGGGGGUAUGGGAAAGGGAAGAGUGGGUGGGUCCUUAGACCACUGUGUUCUCUAGCCAAGUAGUUACCACAGCACUGA